AAACUUAUAAUUAUAUUACGUGUUUAUUUUCUUACUUUAAAGUCAAUUGCUCUCAGACAUUUACCAAAAGAAGUACAUUUAAUACAAUUCAAAUUAGUAAUAUUUUAAUAUAUUUUGAUAAAAUGAAUUCAUUAAUCGUUUUAAUAAUUCUUUUUGGUCAUUACUAUUCUUCUAAAUCCUCGCCAGGAAUAGACGAAGACCAACAAAACGAACGCGAACAACACGCACAGUUUCCGCAUAUAAAUAACGGCGAAGCCGCAGAAUGCACAAGAUUAAUGGGAAAUAAUGACCCUCCCUUGACAGAUAAAGAAGAAUUUAUAAGGCUGUUUAGUUUACAUCCAUCGGUUAAUGAUGAAAUAAAAUACAAGGUUAUAAGAAAAAUUAAUAAUUAUCCAAAUGGCAUGGUAUUUUAUGAUACAACAUUGAUGGAAUGUUUAAAUCUACAAAACAGUCCUCCUAAUUGUCGCGAACUAUGGUGUCCGUGUUUAUAAAUAGAUAUAUAUAAUUAUACUAAUUAUAAUUAUAAUUAUAAUUAAACUAAAUAUAAAAUAUUGUAAUAAUAAAAAAUGUGAAUUUAAGUUUUGUAUAAAAUAAAUUUUUAUUUUUAAAUAAACAAAUUUACUAUUAUUA